AUGGAGGUCGCCACGCACAAUGUAACGAACGGUGCGCAGGUUGAGACGCCUGUCUCCCCGCCGACAACUCCAGAUCUCUCCCACCACGACACAAUUCCCAUGGACAUUGGACAGACUCACGUCACAAGAGCUUGGGCCGACGACGUUGAGGAAGAUACGCCCCCUCCUCCGGAUGAAUUGCCUCCGCCGGACAAGACUGGGAGCAGCCGCUGUGGCGCUCUACUGGUGGACAGGUGGUCUGGUGGCAGGAAAAGGCCUUCGGGGCGUCUGCUGCUGCUGACGCAUGGUGGACAACUGCUGGAGGCUCACGGACCUGUUGAGACGUCCUGGGCGCCUGUGGCGGCGCUGUCGCCGGUGGGCCACCUGUCGCCGCUGCCCAGGCCUCCGGAUGAUCUGCAGGCUGUGUCCAUAGUGGCCGUCACUAAGACGCAUGAACCUUUCACAUUGCGGGAUAUCGAAGAUCAAAAGAUACACUAUUCUGGAUUCCUUUUUGAAGUUAUCGGCAUAUUACAAAACAAAAUGAAUUUCACGCUUGACGUACAUGAGGUGGAGGACGGGGAGUGGGGGAAGCAGAAUCCUUCUGGCAAGUGGAGCGGUGUGGUAGGGGAACUGGCGGAUGGAAAGGUUCAGCUGGCGGUCUGCUCCCUCAUCAUCACCACAGACCGGCUGGACGUCAUUGAUUUCAGCACGCCUGUCUAUGAGACCAGAGAGUCCGUCUUCGUGCGGUGGCCAGACCCGGAAGGCGACAGCCUUCAAGCGUCGGUGACGAGGCUGGGUGCAGUGUUCCAGGCGGAGGCGUGGGCGGCCGUGGGGGCGGCGCUGGCCGCCUCCUCAAUCUGCCUCUGCCUGCUGGGCCGGCCGAGGGACGCCGUACUCAGGGCUGUGGCAGCCCUCUGCAGCCAAGGGAUGCUUGUUGACGCUGCAGGAGGCGACGUGGGUGGCGGUGCGCGGCGGAGGGUGGUGGUGGCGGUGCUGGCGACGCAUUUGUGCGGCAGCUGCCUGCUGGCCGCCUACUCUGGCCGGCUUACGGCGCUGCAGGCGGUGCGGCGGGUCAGCCCACCCUUCAGGGGUCUGCAGGGGCUGCUGGACAGCCCGCAGUACACGCUGGGACUCAUCCGCGGAUCACGCCUAGACGCGCUUUUCUCGACAACGCACGAUCCAACGCUGCGCGCCCUGCGUCAGACCCACAUGGUGAACGACCACCCGCUGGAGUACAUGGAGGGCUUUCGGAGGGCGUGCCGGCAGCGCGGCUUUGCCUUGCUGGCUACUAAGCGGGUGCAGGGUGCGCUCGCAGACCGCCUGCCCUGCAGACUCAUGGAGAUCCCUGGCGCCUACUUUGAUGGCCUGGCUGCCUUCGGCUUCUCCAAAGACUUCAAAUACACCACCAUGUUCAAUUACUGGCUGCUGCGGCUGAAGGCCAACGGCGUGCUGAGGCGUCUCGAGCCCAAAACAAAGCGCCGGUUUUACGGCGGCAGCCGCGGGGGCGCCCAGGGUGGCGGCGUCGGCGUCGGCGUCGAGACGCUGCUGCUGGCGGCGGCGGCGCCGAGUGUAUUUAUAACUGAGUUAUCAAGAUAG